GCGCGCCAGUUCGGCCUCGUGCCCUUGCUUCGCGCUUUAAAUCAGUACUGACAGUCUAGUCCUCGUCAGGCUAACCCGAUUAUGUCGAAAAACACGUUCCCGUGAAGCAAAAGUCGCGCCGCUUCAAACGGUGCAAAAUCUGUGUCGCGAUACAGACUCUUGAGCUAUUUUUUCUUAACCCGGCACAGAAAAUGGAUACCACUUUGCACUGGACAGCACGGUGGUAGGUCUCUAUAAAACGGUUUGAACGAACGACAGAGAGGGGAGACCCAGCAAGUGAGAACGAGUAGGCUAAAAUUGCCCAUGUUGGUUUUCUCCCUGCGGUUUUCUCGACCUCUUCCUCGAGAGUUCCAAUCGGAACCGUUUUUCAUAAACUAAAAGUAACAAGAAGACAAAGAAAAAACGAGUUUCGUGUACCUGAAACGCGCCUCUUUCUUACUCCGCCAGAAAACUACAAAGCUAUUGCGGAAUGCCGCUGUGACACGCAAGUGACGACCAAAGACCCAAAGCAGUCGAGGGCCAAAAUACUGCACAUACGAGCCAAGGACCCAAGUUUUGAAAAGAUGCCAAGGGUACGAAGGCAGGUGGUUCUGGAAGACCCAGCUAGACCUGUCACACCUGAUAUGUUGCAAACAAAAUUAGUUAAAACAGAAUUCAUUGAUGAUGGGUCCUUGGAUGAAGAUCAGUCCCAGAAGGUCACAGAAGAAACACCGAGUCCUCACUUGCAGGACCACCAGUAUGGACAGACACCUUGUUAUCAAAUAACAAGGAGACCUGCGCAACCUCCUCCUCGUACUGAGAUGUCGGUACAGGCAGUGAAAAGAAGACUUAAUUUGGAGAUGGGUACUACGGGCCCUAGUCAGCCUGCCUUCAAAACUCCGCGAGGAAAGCGCAGGCGCACUGGUUCAAAUUCAUUAAGUGGACACACACCUACCAAAAGCAAGACUGUUGAAAGGACGCGAUAUGACACGUCGUUGAGUUUACUUACCAAAAAGUUCAUCAAUCUAGUUGAGAGUAGUCAGGACGGCGUGGUUGACUUGAAUAUCGCAUCUGAGAAACUAGAAGUUCAAAAGCGUCGUAUAUAUGACAUCACAAAUGUGUUGGAGGGUAUAGGGAUUUUGGAGAAGAAAAGCAAAAACAAUAUUCAGUGGAAAGGUGGGCAACUUCCGGGCGAAAGGAAUGAUGUGAUGGAUUUAAGAAGAGAGGUAGCAGAUCUAGAGGCGAAAGAAAAUGCUCUGGAUCGACUAAUACAUGGAGCCGAGAAAACUCUCAGAGAACUCGGUGCCGAGAAGAAAUUUGCGUACGUGACGUAUCACGACCUUAGGUCUGUUUCCGCGUAUAAGGAUCAGGCUAUUAUGGCAGUCAAAGCACCACCAGAAGCAACCCUCCAUGUUCCACAGCCAAUUCAUAAUUUCGGAGCACCCAAGCUUCAAAUACACAUGAGGUCGACACAAGGAGAAAUUGAAGUGUUUUUAUGUCCCGAUGAAGCCGUUUCAAAACCAUUGUCGUCUACGUCUUCAGCUCAAAUGACAGCAACGACAACAACGACAACGUCGCCGCCUCAAUCUUUUUCAUCAAAUUCAUCAUAUUACUCUUCAGAAUUGUUACCCAGUCGUCGAGAAGUUAAAGUCGAACAGGUGCCUACCGCCGGAAGGGAAGUAAAACAGGAGAAUUCUCUAACAUUACUUUCCUCUUCCUCGGGCAUGCGGGAUGCUCUCCUUGGUGAAUCUGAGGAUUUUAAUCUCAUGUCAGAAAACAACCAACUCCAGUCGGAGGGACAGGGACAAUCUUUAGACAUGAGUUUACUCGACUUUGGAGAUCCAUUACUUCCUUUGGAGGCGCCGUUUGACUACGCAUUUACUUUAGGCACCGGAGAGGGUUUGUCGGAUCUCUUUGACUUUGAUUUGUAGAAGUAACGAAUAUCUUUCGAAACUGCUCCGAGUUCGUCUCCAGGGAGUUUCACACGAACGCUCCUCGAAAAGCAAUUUUGUACUUACCGGAAGUACCUUGCUAGCGCCGACUUUGCGAUUUUUCGGUAAUUACGUCUGGAAGUUGUACCGUUAAAAAAUUACGGCUGCUGUUUAUAUUUCUAGGCUUUGGUAUAGUUCAAGUAUUACGUAACGCCUUAGAAGGAAUGGGGUCAGUUUUAGCGUUAAGCUAAUAUAAAAGAAAUGUAGAAAAAAUGCUAACUAUAAUCCCCAAAAUAUUGUCAUAAAAACUCGUUAUGAAAUACUUGAACGGCCCCUUUACAAAAGUGGCACUUUAGAAAAAGGGCCUUGCGAAGCAUCAAAAUGACUUAGGAGAAAAACUCAGAAUUAAAUUACAUAUUAUUCAAAUUAGGGAGAGCAGGUAUAUACUUACUUCAUAGAACAUUGUCGACAAAAAUAAGGGAAACGGAUGAUGUUUCGAAUUCAAAAGAUUUGCUUGUAAUACUUACUUCAUUGUUUUAGAAAAAAUUUCUUUUCUACCUAAAAAUUGAAAAAAAAAUGAUACAAAACCUUGUUCCAAAGUAAAAAAAAAACGACAAAAAAUUCUCCUUGUUUAGGUUUUAAUGAAAAAUAGCGUCAUUGCUGUGAAUUGGCGUCAUUUCUUUGUUCCGGAACCGCAAAUCUCACGAGACAUAUCACGUGAUUGAUGAGAUGCUAGCGCCCUCUGGAACUCUUCGGUGCGAACGCUAAGCUACCCUUGGUGCAAUUUAUGUAAUUUUUUUCCGCGUUUGCAACCGUAAAUACUAUUGCGUCUCAGAAAAUAUGAACAAAUACAAUUCGGCAGAAUAAUUAAUUAAAAUGUGUAAUAGUAGUUAAUUCAAAUUUCUUUGCGAUUCUUUUCGGGCAAAGUCUGCUAGAUUCCCAAAGAUUCGAGAUAUCGAAUCAAUGUAUCGAUAUCCGGUACAAAAUUGAUAAAAAUCAGAAUGAAUUGUUGAGAUAUAAACGUACUAGUAUACUAAAAAUGAUUGUAAAUAAAGAUUAAUAAUGAAGAAAGGAGAAAGAAAAGUUGCAAAUUUUUGGUUUGAAGUCAAAUUAAACGUGGAACAAAAUUUUUCAACUUUUAAAUAAAUGCAAUAAUGGCGUACCUCACGCACAACUCGGUACAUGGUUUGUACACUAUUAAAUGCAUUUCUAUGGCAAUACUUAUUCUGACUAGGUGAUUAGCUAUUAACAGUACCUCAGCUGUGCCUAUGCAAAAUAUCUAUGAACGUAAGAGUGUAUUGUCGGAGUAUAAGCCUGCCGGGCAUGGGGAACCAAAUUCUUGUGCAUUGACUUCACAAAAGUAGAGCCUUUUUCUGUCGUAAGUAUGACAUAGUGCAAAAACUGUCCAAGCGCGGCGCAUGUGUUUUAUGCGUAGCAAAUGGUUGCAAUACACGGCGAUACAUUGUUUUUGUACUUAAUUGUAUUAUUUACUUUCGACAAAAUAUGUUUUUUUUUUUUCGGUGCAGAAUUUCAUGUGUGAAACGUUUGAUUUGUAUGUGGGCGCAUGGCAUUACUCGGUUGUCGUAGCAACCACAUUUGAGCCAAAAAAGCAUCUCAUAUAUAAACAUGUCCCCGUUGGUACUAUAGCAGUUACGGAACAUGUAUUUCCGACCAUGACAUAUAUUAAGAUACAGUGUAAACCCACUGAUAGCCGAAAUCGCUAGAAACUGGGAGCCCCUCCCGUUCCUUCCACCAUUUGUCCUGAUCCGCUAAUUAGUGUUUUUGAUGUUGUGCCUCAGCUGGCAAGAUGUCUGCACGUCAAGAAUGAAGUAAGAAUAUCAAUUUUAUGGAAAGAAGCUUGAAUUUUUAUUAAUUUCACAAAAAAUUAUUUUGUACUAUAAGUGUAUUUGGAUAUUAUUAUUUGUUUUUCAAAACCUGUUCAAUUACAGAAUGAAAUCUUUACAAUAAAAGUUUCGAUUUUAUUAUUUAAUUUAAUAGCUUUUGAUAGUAAUGUCCAAGUACACUAAUGAUGCCUUUUCACGUAGGCCUGUUAUGAAUUAAUCGUUGAACUAAUUUGACACAUCGAGUUCGUAUCUGGGUUCUCCACCAGUCAGAUUUCCCAUAAACCAACAAGUAGUGCAGACAUAUUAGAUUUCCCACACCCAGCUUCAAAUACCUGAGAUGCGUGCGUCACGAGAGACAACGCCGUUGUGUACAAAACGUUUUACGUCAUAUGAAUUCGCUUCACCACUAAAAACGUUAGAGAGGUCUCUGUUUUUCCGUCUUCCGGUUUCACUGAUUCGACAAUUGACGGGUUUGCACUGUGCUAAAUAAAAUUUUCAAACAAGCUUUGAUGAACCUGUAAUUAAUAGAAUCAUGCUAAUAAAACUGGUUUGUCAAUUCGCCCUAAUCUGUUUCAAACCGUAUACAUUAGCCGACAUCUUCGCGAGAAUGUAGGACAAUAAUAAAAUAACCCUUAUAAAACCAUUUUGAUUUCAACAGAGCAAUUUCAAACAUUAAAACAGGUUAAGUAAUCGCAUGUUCCGUCGAUUAGUGGUGGCACAUUUUUACUCGUGAGAUUUUCGUUGACGUUAGUCCCUAUCUAUGUUAGACACCUUUGCGGCCGACGAAACAAAGCUAAUUUAUUCUUCCGAUUCAUAAAUAUUCAAUUUUACAAUUUUACGUGUAUAUGCGUGCAUAAUAUAAUAUAAUAUGCAUCAUGUAAGCUUUUCAUAAUGGCUAUUGCAAACAAUUGAUAACUGUUCAAUCGAUUCGUGAAUAGUUUGUAAUAUUUUAAUACUUUGGGACUUAUUGUGACAGCACGAAUUUCAGGACGUUCUUACGACAUUCUUACAACAGUUUCUAUGCCCGUAUUUUUAAGGUGUCUGUUACAUAGCAUGACAACGUAAAUACAUCCUACAGCCACGAACAUAGAUUUUUCGUAACAAUGUCGUAAAGACGUCGUCAACAUUUGUGUACAGGAAAAUACAUUUUUUGGUUUUCAAAAAUCCACAGGGCCUAAACGUUUACGUACACAUGCGAAGAGUAAUUUAGACUAAAAAUUUGAAUACAGUAAAAAAUCGAGCUAUCACAAGCGCAUUAAAGAGAAGGUAUUUCUACGACAUUCGUAUGGAGAAUAGGCCAAGGGAGCCUAAAGUAGUGUAUAUAGAAAAAAUAAGCACAUUCUCAGAUGAAGCUAGAGUUAUAAGUUAGUUAUACUACGCCAUGUCCACUUUUUGACAAUUUGGAACCAUUAUUAUUUUGAAGCCUACUAAGUAUUGCACUUCGUUUCUAAACCAAUUUACCCUGAAAUGUACUCACUAAACUGUUGCAAUAAAUAAUUAGAAUAGUGACGUUAAUUAAAAGUUAUAAUCAUAUUACGCCAUGUUCUUUUUCGCAUUAUUAUAAAUGGAAAAGUUCAAUUUCGUAGCGCAUAUUUUUUAUGGGUAAACUCAUUUUAAUUUAAGGGAUAACAAUUUGCAAAAUAAAUUUAAUCUUAAAAGUAACCAUCAGAUAAUUACUCAAAUAUAAAUAAUUUUAGAAUAACUCAUUUAAUUCAAGGUAUGCAGUACAAUAGAUUAAUGUAAACUAUCAUUCUGUUCAACUUUUAAGUUUAAAUUUUUAUUAUGAAUAGUUAAAUUAAAAGUAUUUUUGGAGCAUAGUGUACUAUAUAAUUCUGAGAAGAAAUGAUUUAUUUGAAUCUCAUAUUACGCUAUGUCCAAAACUAAUUUUCCACAUCAGCUAAGACACAUUUAUAAUAAUAUUAAUAUUUGUUAUUUUUGACCGAUAAUCAUAUUUUGAAAUUAAUCGAGAUUUUAUUAGAGUAUACUGUGGUUAAACCUUGAACCUCAUUUUCUCAGUUUGGCAGUUAAGGGACAUGGCAUCGUAUAACUUUAUGCCGACGAUAUGACCUUAAAAUAAAUUAAACAAAAUUGAAUAAUUAAUUAUUUUAGAAAUUUUUGCCAGUUUAUAAAAUAAUAAUUGUUUCAUGAUAAAAAACUUUAUUAAGAUGCUGCCAUAUUACCAUAAAUUUUGAACAGCAGCACGCUCGGGAAGUUCGGGCGCGUGUACUUCGUCCGAAAACGUGCUCGUUUUUUGUGAUGUCAAUGCAUAAGACUAUUGCUUAUUUUGUAUAUUUUCGAUUGGCAUUCAUUUAUCUCUACCAAUGAUAAGUCCUCCUGAACUUGUGAUAAAAAAUGUUUAAAUAUAUUUUUUUAGGAAAAUGAAAAAUAAGAUGUUCUUUUUUUCUUUUUGAACUUUUUGACAUAAAAAUUUGUACUAAGCAUUUCUGGAAAUAUAUUGUACAUAAAAAAUAAAAAAAACAUAGGCAGCAGCUUAAUGUCCAUGUGAAAAAGUCCGCGUGGAUGUAUACGUGAAAAUUCGGAUGGUAUUUUGGAUCAGUCCACAUGGAAAUCUACGUAGAACUUCAGAUAUAAUUUUUAAACUGUAAAUAUCUUGUCAACCGUAAGAGAUAGGAAAAAAUGGAUAUCAUUUUUAAAUUUUGGGUACUUUUCGUACUUUUAAAACAUAUCAUAUUCUACAGGUCUAAUGGUGGUUUGAAUAUUUCAAGAAAAAGGAAACCAACCCAUAAAGUACCAUCUGGAAAGCCACGUCACAACAUUAAAAGCAUAAUUGGUCCAAGUCUUUUUUGGGAAAAUUUCUUCCAUUUUGAUAAACUACAAGAAAAAAUACCAUUUUUUGAAAUUCACCUUGACCUUUUUUCAAUGUAAAUGGUGCAGAGAUAGCAUUAUUUCGAGAUUAGUAUGAUAUGGC